CUGUGUUUCCUUCUAGAUCAGAUGGAUUCUAUAUUCCUAUGCAUUACACUGUUACUCUCAGUGGCAGGACAUGGAAGACUCCAGGAAGUGCCCCCCAACUGCCCCACAGGAUGUAACUGCACUUCAGUUUCCAUUAGCUGUUGUGGAUCACAGAAAAACCUGCUCCUCCCAUUUAGCGGACUUAAUAAAACCACUAAGCUGAGUUUAAUAAACUGCCAGCCCUUAGACAUUUCUCAGAGAAGCUUCCAAAAUAUGAAAAGCCUGGAAGAAAUAGCCAUCAGAAGAACUCCGGUGACAUUCAUCGAUAGCAGUGCAUUUGUUGGCUUUCAGGAGCUUAAAAAGCUAUCUCUAAAUGAGUUAAACUUAAGUGCCGCAAACACGCACCCGUUGGUUUUCAAUAACCUUUCAGUUCAGCUCCUUGACUUGCGAGAGAACAACUUGAGCUUGAUCACCAGGCAGAUGUUCAGAGGUCUGAAGUACCUGAGGGUUCUUGAUCUUUCGAGAAACAAGAUUGGCCUAAUCCAGAACCGGGCCUUUGAGAGUCUGGCUCAGUUAUCGUUUCUCAAUCUGGACGACAACAGCCUCAGGACAGUAACCCCUCUAUGGUUUAAGGCCUACGGCAAUUAUUCUCCUUUGCAAGUCAGCAUUGCUGGGAACAACAUGACGGAUGAGUGUCGCUACAGGGCGAUGGACCUUGCCGAAAACAAGUGGUUUGCGCAGUCCGUCAUUCCGAAUAACUCUUUAUCCUUUGCAAGAGCCUCUGCUCUGCCUUGUUCUGCGCCAUCGUUCGAUAACUCCUACCAAGAAAUAUAUGUAAAGGAAUCUGCCUCUGUGAUACUGACUUGUUCUGUAAAUAGUGUCCCUACGUCUGUUCUCUCUUGGUUACUGCCGACAGGAUCAACAGUCCCUUCUGUGAGCAACGGGAUAGUGAAUUUAACAAACAUCCAGCUCAGUAAUACUGGCACCUAUGUGUGUGUGGCUUCCAACAGCGAGGGCUCUGCCGUAGCCGUAACAAGACUAUUGUUAAUAUCACCUGCCCCGACAAUUAACUCACCGUCUAGCGCAGCUCGGAAAGCAUCCAUGGUGUUGCUAAUCAUCUUCAUCGCAAUUAUCUUGCUGAUCGUCUGCUUUGUUGUUCUUUAUAUACUAAAGUCAGUCUACAAAUUGGCAAAGGAAAAGACAGCUAGCGGAUUUGAGUUCCGGCAGUUUGUCGACACACCCAACAUAUUGCCCGUUCCUGAAAACCCGCAGCCGAUGCCGCAGUUAUGACCUCCGGCUUUAAUGUACCCUAAUUGCAUAAUUAUUAGCGUCAGGGUACUGAGUAUUGAAUGUAGAAUUUAUUGUUUCAUUGACUUUGACAUUUUUGGUGCUUUUUUCUAAAUUAUACUACAGGUAUA